AUGGGUUCUCACACGAUGCCAAUCCCCACCAUUGAUUUAACCUUGGAGAACUCGAAACCUCACUCGAGUUCUCGGGCCGCCACGUGCAACGACAUCCGCCGCGCGCUCGAAGAGCACGGCUGGUUCGUCGCAAAGUACGACAAGCUGUCUCUGCAUCUUCGAGACGUGAUCCUGUCCGACCUGAGAGAGCUGUUUGAGCUCCCGUACGAAACCAAAAUCCAGAACACGAGCGACAAGCCGGCAUUCGGCUAUGUCGGAAAGAUCACUGCGAUCCCUCUUCACGAAGGCUUGGGGAUCGACCGUGCCCUGGAUUUGGGAGAGUGCCAGAAGUUCACCAACCUCAUGUGGCCAUCGGGCAACGAUCGUUUCUGCGAGAACGCUCACCUUUACGCGAAGACGGUUGCGGAGUUGGAGCAGACGGUGGUGAGGAUGUUGUUCGAGAGCUAUGGCGUGGAAAAGCAUUGUGAGUCUCACGUCGAGGCCACCACUUAUCUGCUGAGGUUUCUGAAUUACCGAAAGCCCGAGAACGACGAGGCCAACUUGGCGUUCGUGACUCACACGGACAAGAGCUUCAUCUCCAUACUCCAUCAGAACCAUGUGAGAGGGUUGGAGCUGAGAAACAAGGACGGAGAGUGGAUAGGGUUUGAGCCCUCACCUUCUUCGUUCGUGGUCUUGGCUGGGGAUGCAUGCAUGGCAUGGAGCAAUAACCGAGUAAGGCCUGGUUAUCACAGAGUGGUAAUGAAAGGGAACGAAGCAAGGUAUGCACUUGGAUUCUUCUCAUUCCGGGGCGGACUGAUAGAGACUCCUGAAGAGCUUAUCGACGCUGAGCAUCCGAUGCAAUAUAAGCCUUUCGAUCACGUGGGCCUGCUUCGUUUCUACGACUCGGUCGACAUCCGCGAGAGAGCCAAGCAUACCAUGACCAAAGCCUACUGCGGAGUCUGA